AUGAAUUCCUUGCUUUUUUUUGAUGAUGUUGAAGGACCUGAAAUGGCACCGUCUCCUAUUACUCAUCAUGAUAUUGAAUCAGAUAGUACAAUUGAAAAUGUCGCCGCCAAUUAUGAAAAAGAAUUAUUUUAUUAUGAUAUAUUGGAAGAAGAAUUUGAAGGCGUAUUAUUUGGUCAUAUAACCACUUAUACAAUAAUAUUGAAGGCAAUAGAUAAAAGAAAUUCGAUGUAG